GACGCACACACGCGCACACACACACGUUCUUUCCGUUCUUGCCGUUGUGUUCGUUGCAUAUGUAUGUGGAAAGAGGUAAAUUCCUUUCGCAGGCAAACGUCCCAUGUAAAGAGAGAGCGUGCGAGCGCAAACAACAAAGCGCACGCUCCAAUAACCCCCCUUUUUUUGAAUAGGAUUUCUUGCUCUCCGUAUUCCUCCGUGUUCGUCUUCCUUUCCUGUUGUAUGUUCUCUCCUUCGUUGUUCUUUCGCACACAGGCUUCGUUCUUCCAUCUACCUCACAGCUCUUCUUCGACCGUCCUCGACAACGUCGCGUUGGCACUCAUGGCGGGAUGCUCCGCGUAGUCCUUCAACGUUUUGCGGUUCAGCGCGGCAUCGCAAAGCAGCUGGAGGCGCUCCCACUCGAUGAGCUGCUCCGACGUAUGCAGUCCAGCUCGCUGACGAAUCCGGCUCGUUCGCUUGAGUCCCACUUUGUGUUGGCGGAGCAAAGCGUCGACGCGCAGUCCUCCUCGCCUGCCUCUCCAACCGACUUCAAAAGCUCCUCCUUAGGGACUGUGUUACGCAAUGCGCUGAGUGAGCGAUUACUGGCCGAGGUACGACACGACAUCCACACCCCACAUCUCUGUCUCGAUUCGGGUAGUUUGAUGCUGGCCAACUGCCUGCGUCAUCGGCUCUCCCCUCUGGCCACCCAGCAGAUCUUUGCGCUUUGGCUGAAGUUUAUGCAGCAGGGCACCGGGUCGAGACACGCUCCUUCCUCGCCCGGUCUGGGAUCGUUCUCCAUGCUUGGCCUGGGCAGAGAUAGUAGCAGUAGCGGUGGCGGUGCCCAGGAGUACCAGGCCAUGCAGUUUCAGAGCCUCGUACGUGUCCUGGAAGCGUGCUUGGAUGCACAGGAGCAGCGGCGUGUACCGUCAGAGCACAGCGGAGAAGGACGAGCAAACAAACGCGCAGUCCCAGCAGCAAGUCCACCAAACCAAGGAAACGCGUGGCCAAGUCCAGUGUGCUUUGCGCUCGACGACUGGGCAGAGCUGGUCGAUACGGUGGAACAGUAUCUGCCGCUAUUUGCCGACCACGGCGCCUCCACCACUAGCUUACUGGUGCAGUUUACGGCUCUCGCCUUGGAGCUCACAGGGAGCGCCUCGAGCACGCCAGCUGUAGCGGGACCGGACAGUCGCUUUGCGAACAGUCUGCGGCGCCUCAGUCACCUUCAGAUGGACCGCACACUCCUGCAGAGCCGCGUGUUUGGUCUGUGCGAGGAAGCUGUGAAGGCCCUGUGCGCUCUGGAGAGCGCCGAGGACGCGGAGGAUGAGGUGCGGUCCUCUGGUCAGAGGAGUGGCCCGUGGUGGCAUCGGCCGCAGGAGCUGGUGCGGCUCUCGCAAGCACGACGUCGAAUUGAAGCGUACGAAUUCAAACAGCUGCGCAGAGGCGACAAGCCCAGCCCAUCACAUACAAACGACGACGCGCGUAGCUCCUAUUUCAUGGAGGGCGACACUGCGCACCACUCGGCUUCUACCGGCGCUACAUCGCGACCAAGCGUUGACAAGACGCGCGUGUCAUCUGGUGGUGCGGUGCGAGGAGCACGUGUGGGCACGCACGGCCACUCCACCACGUCUUCCUCCUCCUUCGUAGCACCAUCACUUUCCACGUCUGGCACUGGCGUGCGUUGGCUCCCACGCCUGUCCACCUCGUGGUGGGUCUCUUCAUCAUCCCCAGCUUCUGCCUUCACAAGCGGUGGCGGUGCUGCCUCCGCUGGCCACGUAGCGGCGUUGCGGAGUGGAAUCCCUGUGCUACGCGUCGGGAGGCAACUGGGCGGCUACGUCACGUAUCACGCACUCCAGCAAACAACCACUGCAGGCUGCCCAGACGCACCUCACGCGAACGCACGACCUGGCUGCGAUGCACCAAGCUUCGGCUUUCACAACAGCGUUGCAACGCCACAUCCCCCAGCACUGCUCGCGGUUCCCCUGCAGCACGUCCUCGAGAUCUUCGCAACGGUCUGCGCGACUGCGUCGUGCACGGGUGCUGUGUCGCACGUGACGACUUUCGCGUGGUGGGUGCGCGACGUCAUUCAGCAUCAGCACGGACGCCGCAGUCUGCACGACGCCGACGAAGUGGCGAGUUUGCUGGGCAUCGCCGAACUCUGCCUCGCCUACCCCGACGGUACGCAAACGGUGUUGGCCGAAGUUAUGAGGUGCCUGCAGCGCUCUGCACUGUUUCUAUGGCAGGCCGGUGACGCGGCAGCUGCGCCGCACGUUGUUGCGCGGAGUCCACCAACGCCACACGCUUCUGUGCUGUGGCCCCGUGCGUGUGAGGCUGUGGCGAGCACGCUGCCACUCACCACCGUACGGUCCGAGGCCGAUCGCACGCUGCGCACCUUCGUGAGCACUGCACAGCAGGCCCUGUCGACGCUACAGGCGAACCCCACGAGUGUAGAAAGCACACAAGAAGGCGCACAGCUCCUCUUGCGUCACAGGCGGUACGGUGUGCUCAUCCUUGCGUGUUUGUUGCUGCAGCGAUCAAACGGGUACGUGUCGCAGUCGUUCUCUGCGCGCAUCCGCGAACUCGCGCUGGCGCUGCCUUUCAUCCACGCUACGGGCGGUCCCAACGAACUGGCCUCGGCGGUGCGUGCGCUUUACGUGAUCACGCAUCCUGGCAUGCCGUCUCCACAACAGGGCCGAGGUGAAGCAGCCCAACAAAAGGAGGACAUCGCCUUCUACGUGUUGAACCAAGUCACGGCUCUUCUCACACCUUCCGCGGAGGCGGGGGUCGACAAGUUGGAAAGCAGCACAGAUGCGGGUCUGUCGCGUAGCCUUGCGUCGCUGACCAUUACGGAGCGUCAGCUGCUGCGUUCCGCACUACGUCAGGUACGCGCGAGUCGCACGAAGGCAGUGCUUGCAUCUACAACGACGGAGGGCCCACUCACCGAAGCACCGCGUCUACGCGAACACGGCAGCGCUGAUGCAUCUAGCGCGGACGGCUCCAAAGGCAGUCCUGACCACACCGUUUCCUUCAACCGCGGUACAGCCGCAAUGAGCAACGCCUCUCCUUCCAAAAGGCCAUCGGAGCAGGCUUUGCGGGAAUCUGUCGGUAGCGCAGCCCUCGUGUCAGCGGACCGUGUACGCACCACCACAACGCGCCCCUCCCGUGCGACACCACCGGUGGACUACGACGCGCACGUCCUCCAACGUGAGAUCGAGGCUGUGUCACGUCACUUUGGUGAGCACCGAUCAACGCUGAAGUCCACAAGUUAG